UCAGCUUCAGUUACGUCGAAAAGUCCAACGUGAAGACGUUGGACAGUUCACGCAACUCCAUGUGCGAGAGACGAGCGAGAGAUGAGCUGUCCACGCCAUCUCGCUUUCAGAAGCGUCUCAGUGACCAAGUGUGGUUUGAUAGUCCCGGUUCGUCGUGCAGCUCAAGCCCCAAACUGAGUUUCCAAUCUCCAGAGAGUCACCAGCAGACCUUCUCCCCGGGACUUCGACAGCCGCGUUUGGAUCCGAUUGGCAGAGCAGCUACACAAAGGGCGGUGGAAGAGUUCGGUUCACCCUUACUGAGGAUUAAACUGGCCCACGCACUCGACCUCGAAGCCUCCUCACGUUACAGUCAACAGCAACGCUGCCAGUCCUGGGCUGGGUCUCCAGUCCAGCAUCAGAACAUCAGAGUGAAUCCCAAAGAGCUCACAGAUAACAGUCAGGCUAUUCAUGGGUUGAGAAACAUUCCUGGAUCAGAUCAGUCCGGAAAGGCGUCAGAGUCGAGGUCCUCCACCGACCUUCAUUGUCCUCUUCAGAGUUCAACAGAGAAUGGGAGGAUGGCACAAAGUCCAGCUACCAAAAGACCCAAGAAAACUUCUCUGCAGGAAUUAAUCUUUCAACCAGGUAAUAACGGAGUCGAAGGUUUGAACCAGUUGAGCGGCAGCAAACCUUCGACUCCAGCUCACAGUCCCGAAGUCGCCCGCAGGCUAGCAGAGGAAGCUUCCAGAGUAUCUUCAAUGUUGACGGAGGCCAGGAGAUCCUCAUUGCACAACCAUUCUUCAGGCAUGAGCAGCUCAAACUCUGGAGAGUCCUCUCCAAACGCACAGCACUUUAAGCCAACGCUAAAGAUGAACAUCCCUUUAAAUGAUCAACACAUGCCAGCAAAUGAAAACACAGACUCUCACCAGCCGGAAAGCUCCAACUCUUCUCAUGGCACACGUCAGGAGGACUGCUUUCAGGAAGCCCAGCAUCAGAGCUCAGUUUUAUCAGCACAGCAGAGCUCCCCAGCCCUCCCUUCUCGAGUCCUCCGUCCCUCUCAUCCGCCCACUGAGAUCAGCUCUCCCAUCAGAGACCCAAGGCUUCUUCAAGCUGAGCUCCGAGCACCAGAAAGCCCCACCCUGCAUCGCUACCAGACUCCCCAGUACACCGGGGACUCCUGGUCCCCAAGCCUGGACAGGAGAGGAGACCUGAGCUGUUUCGAGAAAGGGGACUGCACAGAGCUCUCACGCAGGCUCUUCAUCAACCAAAGCGUUGAAGAGGGGCCGGUCAGCUGGACGUCCAGGCAGCAGUGGAGGAGCCAGCUGGAGAACGAGUCUGGGUUCGAGUCCAGCAGUCACCAGCAAACCAGCCGACUGAGGCGGCCACUCAGCCCCACGGCCCAGCAGAAACGGGCCGAGCAGAGGAGGAGGGAGAUUCUUUUGCUUGGGCCUGUGGCACUGGACUCCGAAGAGGAGGAUGAGAGCUGUGAGGACGAAGGGCACGAUGAAGAGGCGGACGGAGGCGAUCCCAGAAGGGCAGGAGAAUCUCCAGAGGCGGAGCAGAACGGAGCGAUGACGGGUUCUUCUUCUCGGAGCUCCAGCGGCGUGACGGGGAGCUUCGGAGACAGAGACUGCUUGUCCCCAGAGUCCAGUCAGUCCAGUCACCAGAGCAACGAGACCGGCGUUGCCACUUCAGGAAUACAGACAGACAGUGGAAGUGCAGCUCCUGUUCCCUCUCUGCACUGUCAGAAGAUUGCUCGGGCCAAAUGGGAGUUCCUGUUCGGGACCUCUGCAGAGGAAACUACUGGCAAAAGGAAUAAAAAUUCCCUGGAGGCCUCCACAGCGCCCCCCAGUGGUAACUCCAGCGAGUCUCCCACCCCGACUCCUCCAUCCUCCCUGCCUCUGCUGUCGGCCAAUCACGACGUUCAGCACGUGGAGGUCGAGCUGGUGACUCCUCCCCCUGCCGCCAUCGGGAUGUCCCCCAAAACGGGCAUCAUUCGCCGGACGCUGAAGUAUUCCGAAACGGACCUGGAUGCCGUCCCGCUCCGCUGCUACCGCGAGACGGACAUCGACGAGAUUUUGCUGGCGGAGCAGGACGACGCCGACUCCGCCUUUGGCAGCAACCGCAGCGUGCAGGGCACAUCUGGGGCUGGGAGCAGCCCUCUGAGGGGGCUGGCCUAUAGGAGGACAGGUGGGGAGGAGGAAGAGGGGAGUGAGGAUGAAGAAGAGAAGGAUGAGGAAGAGGAAGAAGAGGAAAUGGUGAGCUGGGCGAGCGUGAGGAUGCAAGGCGACAGCAGGAAGCAGCGGUAUGCUGCUGAAGAGGACCCAGAGGUGUUUGGGCAUCUUCUGACGAGACCAAUGGAAACAUUUUUCGACAACCACAAUCCGGCCCUCAAGUCCCCCAUCCUGGUCUCCGGUCCCCGCUGCGCCGCUGAGGAUACAUUCAGCAGCCAUUUUGAGAGCAUCAUGGAGUCCCACCGAGCCAAAGGGACGUCCUACAACAGCCUGGACAGCGAGGAGCUGCUGACCUCCAGCACCCAAACUGUUCUGAGCUUCGAUCUGCCCACGCUGACGCCCGCCAUGCACGGGCCGGUGUACCAGAGCGCCCGUCAGAUUGUGCAGCUCAGCUUCGCCCCGUUGGCACACCACGAGAGGCCCAGUCUGUCCGAUUCUAUCUUUACGGUGACGGGGGACUCGGACGCCACGCGGGCCCCCUCCAGUGAGAGGCUGAGCAGCGGCUCGGAUGAUGUGAUGCCAAGAGGGCGAGAGUGUGCACAGCUGGGGAGCAGCUGGUACAUCAACCCGUCUUUCUCUUUGUCCAGCAGGGAGAAGGCCCGUCUGGCGACGGACUCCGAGCUGGACCAGGACCUCAGUGACCGGCUGGGUCUGGGCAGCAGCGACACCCUCACCAACGGCAGUCACCGUGGCGACGUGGCAGCCGCCAAACGACUCGCCAAGCGUCUCUUUCACUUGGAUGGAUUCAGGAAGUCGGACGUGUCGCGCCACCUCAGCAAGAACAAUGACUUCAGCCGCAUGGUUGCAGAAGAGUAUCUAAGUUUCUUCAGUUUUACCGGCCUCACCCUUGACCAAGCGCUGCGGACUUUCCUCAGGCAGUUUGCUCUGAUGGGGGAGACUCAGGAGAGGGAGAGGGUGCUGUCACACUUUUCCAGACGCUACUUGGAGUGCAACCCAAAGGUCCUGCCAUCUGAGGAUGCAGCUCAUACGCUCACCUGUGCCCUGAUGCUGCUGAACACCGACCUCCACGGUCAGAACAUUGGCAAGAGGAUGUCAUGCACACAGUUUAUUGGCAACCUGGAAGGACUGAACAGUGGCCAGGAUUUCCCCAAAGAUCUGCUCAAAGCGCUCUACAACUCAAUCAAGAAUCAGAAGCUGCAGUGGACGCUAGAUGAGGAAGAGCUGCGGAAGUCAUUUUCAGAGCUUGGGGACAGCCUCCUGGACUCCGACACCUCCAGGCCGAUGAAGAGGGUGGGCAGCAGCGGGAAGCCCCUGUCGGACGGGACGGAGCCAACGGGAAUGCUGCUGUACAAGAACGGAUUCCUGGUGCGGAAAGUCCAUGCUGACUCAGACGGAAAGAGAACACCGAGAGGGAAGAGAGGCUGGAAGACUUUCUACGCCAUCCUUAAAGGGCUAAUUCUGUAUCUACAAAAAGGCGAGUACCGGCCCGAUAAGCAGCUGUCGGAUGAAGACCUGAAGAACGCCGUGUCCAUCCAUCAUUCUCUGGCAAUGAAGGCGUCAGACUACAGCAAGAGACCCAAUGUCUUCUACCUGCGGACGGCUGACUGGAGGGUUUAUCUCUUCCAGGCACCGAACGCUGAGCAGAUGCAGUCCUGGAUCACGCGUAUAAACACGGUGGCCGCCAUGUUCUCAUCUCCUCCCUUCCCAGCAGCCAUCGGCUCCCAGAAGAAGUUCAGCCGACCGCUGCUGCCAGGAACGAUGUCCAAACUGUCCGAGGAGGAGCAGAUCAGAUCCCAUGAAGCUCGGUUCAGAGCCGUCUCCACCGAUCUCGCUGAGCUGCGGUCUUUUCCUCCGGACCGCAAGGUCAAAGGUCGGGAGCUGGAAGAGUACCGCCUGCGAGACGAGUAUCUGGACUUUGAGAAAACUCGGUAUGGGACAUACAUCAUGCUGCUGCGGGCCAAGAUCCGAAGCGGCGAGGAGGACCUCUCUGUGUUCGAGUCGCUGCUCCUGGAGGACAGCAGCCUGCAGAGGGCGCACUCCAGCCCCACGCUGCAGGACAGCAGCCUGGCCAGCCAGGCCAGCAGCAGCAGGGGCACUAGCAGUAAAGCCAGCGCCUGCAGCAGCAGCAAACCUCGACAGGAAGGACAGAGGAACAGCUACAGACAGGCUGUCAAGAAGUGAAGCGCGGCGGGGUCGCCGGGAGCGGCAUGAUGUCGCUCUCCCAGCGGCAGGCUGUCUCCCAGCGAAGGCUUUUAUUUGAGAUCCAGGAGGGUUCGGAGCUCUGCUUGAAGGGGGAGCAGGGGUGAGGGUCUUACCCCACGCCUUCCCGCUACCAUGACGCCCCACCUGGCACCCCAGUCUUCUCGUGUGGCCGAGGAGGUGCAGAUCCAGCGAGGAUGUUGGUGCAGGAGGUGGGGGGAACAGCUGUGAGGUCAGGGAGGAGGAGGUGUCUUUGAGGACAGGCGCUGGAUGCAGCAGCAGCAAACGGCACAGUUCCUUAAAAAGGAUGCUUCCAGAUCAAAUGGGACACCACAGGGACCUACAUUCAGCAUCCUUUCCUUUCUCCCCUCCCUUUUCUUCUUUCAGGGCGCCUCUCCAGCCACAUCCUCACAACUUUUUCCAUGACCCUUCAACUCUGUUAGGGACCAAACAUGUUUACACUCUUUGAACUGUCAUCUCAUUAUAGAUGACUCGAGAUUUGGUUUUAAGUCGUACCGCCACUCCGACGUGAAGCGCUGUAAUAGACUUUUAAAGCAUCACUACGUUUUUUUGGAGCCUCUACAUUCCAGCUCCUUUUUUCCUGUUUAUCCUCACGACGCGUUCACAUUCCACACACACGAGUUGGGAAUCACAGCUUUUAGCUCCAGUAAGGGCGGUGUGAAGUUCAAUCAGCAUUGCUGCAGAGAAACGCCGUGACGAGACAACGCGGCUGCUGGGUUUUCUUUCUGGACAGCUAGAGCCGACGUCCGCAGAAGUUCUCGGUGCGAUGCAGCUAUAAAACUGCAUCUCAAGCAAAGAGAGAGGUUUUUUUUCGCUCUACUUGAACAUAUCUUUUCUCCUGUUUGCUUUUGCUUAUGUCCAGUGAUGUGCUUCAGUUUUCUUUCUUGGGUGAAUGUUUUUGUUUUGUUUUUCCUGCUGUGAUACGCAUGCCUGCAUCCAGCACAGCUUCUCUUAGGGCUUUUACUACUUAGACAUAAAAACAAAAACCGAGAGUCAGAGUUUCUCCCUGGGGCUGUUCAGUCAUUCUCCUGCCUGUGCCAUACCCAACACGUGUACCUCCUGUCUGUACCGCUCAUUUCCACGCCAACACUCACCGGGCAGACCCUGAAUGUUGAUAUUUUUAAGGUAUUUUUCAGUCGUCUGUUGUUGUUGACCCCCGCUCCCUUCAGUGUACGAGCAUACGAUCAAAUACGAUAAAGGAAACUUGCUAUCCAGGACGUGUUGUACAGUAUAUAAUGCACCUGCUUAUAUUGUAGGAUACAUGACGGUAUAUUUGCAAUAUAUUCAGUACACUAUGGUGAAGAUGCAUUACGAGCAAACACAGAAAACUUCUUGCUAGUCCCAAAAAGGGCUGAAUGAUAAUCAUGUGAUUUUUAUUAUUAUUAUUAUUAAGUAUUUAGAAAGGUUAUUUUUGACAGGUUACACUAAUUUAGUCGGUUGCAUUAGAAAGCUUUCCAAUGCUGAAACCUAUUAGCAUGAUUUUAUUUGGAUUGGGGCUGAAGAUGUUGUGAAAGAUGCAUGAAGAGAGCAAGGAACAUGAAAAAUAAAAAAAUAAAUUAUAGAAGAGGAAACAAAGAAACUUUGGAAGUUGUUUAGAGUGGAAUAGCUUGGGUAUUUUUAGUAGCCAUAGACACCUCAUAGCAUGCAGGUGUAUCUCACAGAAGUUAAAUAUCAUUGAAAAGGUUUUUUUUUCUCCAGCAAUUCAAUUCACAAAGUGAAACUCAUAUAGAUUUAUUAUAAGCAGAGUCAUAUAUUUACAAUUUGGUGAUUUUGGGUUACAUUCAAUGACAAAAUUAACUUUCCUAUUUCCAUAAGGGAAAGUUGAGUGGAAGGAUGAAGUGUGGUAGAGAAUGAUUCUUCUUCUUUCUUUUUUUUUUUUUUUUUUUACACACAAAUCUUAGUCUUUUGUAAGGUGUGCACACUUAGGCAGGGUUAGAGCUAGCCCUCUCUGUGGGGUCAGGGCAGCUUGCUAGCCAGAGUAGCACAGCCGUUGAAUCGGCUUUUGCUACCUUUGGCAUUGUGGUGAGGUGCUUAGUCUUACUGGAAAAUAAACUCAGCAUCUCCAGAAAGAAAAACAUGAAACAUUAGUGCAUGAAGCAAUCGAAGAUUCCCUGGAUGGCUUAGCUGACGUUAGGCCCGAGAAAAUACAGUGGACCAACAACAGUCGAUGUCAACGUUUCCCAAAUCAUCACUGGCCUUUGAAACGUCACACUGGACCUCAAACAAUGUGGAUUCAGUGGCUCUCUAAUCUUAUUUCAACCUCUGUGCCCAUGAUUUCCAAAUGCAAAAUCGACUUUUAGCGAAAAAUAGUUGUAUUUUUAAGUCACUCUGCUAAUGUCCGACUUUUGUUCUUAUUAGUUCAGGUCAGAAACUUCUCCCCUGCUUUAGGACAGACGUAACAUAAGAAAUGAGACAUUAAUGAGUGUCCUGGAUAUAUCUGUGUAGAAGUACUAACUCCUCGUUGCGAGUUUUUCCUUUCACUCAACUUUCUAUCAAUGUUUUUGUAACUUAAACCCCUUGUGGAGGAUCUCUACUGAGUCUUCUCCAUGAUUGUGUCACCCAUAACUUAACAUUUGUGUUUUAGAAAUCCUUUGUUAAUGUAAAAUCUAUUUAUUUUGAAGAGACUGAAUUUUGAGUUAAGCCACGAUCAUCAAAAUUACCAGAAGAAGAUCUGUCCAAUAUGAGUUUAACUUUACAGUUGAGUUUCUGAAAUAAAUGAACUUUUUUUUAUAGUAUUCUGACUUGUUGAGAUACAGCUGUAGUUGAUGCACAGCCAUUUUCUACUCAGGCUUUUUGAGCAGCUGCAGUGCCAGCGUCCAACCAGCAGGGAGAGCUGUCAGCAUUCACUUGUAAUUCCUCUUUCAGCCAUAACCACACCUGCUGCACCUGCAGUGAAUAUGCACAGCAUCUCCCACUCACCUGGGGAAGGGGAUGGGGACCGCAGGGCUACGCAACACACCGGACCUGUUUGUGUUAACCGUUUGUGAGCCGCAGUGCAUGCUGGGACGGUGCUGGAUGCUCCGAGGAGCUUCAAGACACUUUGGUUUUGUUCGUCCAGCUUCCGUCCAGCAUCAGUUCCCAUGGAGCAUGAGUUAUAUCAGUGUGUACAGUUUCUAAAGCGAAUGAUUUAGUAUUCAGGCCUCAGCGCUGCACAAUGUUAAUGCGUCAGUCACGUUUCUGUUGCAGUGUGCGGCUUUUUCCUCACCUGUAAUCUUUAAGCAACAAUUCAAACAUUUGCAAGUUUUGCUUUGGAGGGUUUAUAUCUUCUUUGUCUUGAGUGGCAUAAAACGAGCUCUUUUGUUUUGGAGCUGAUUGUCAGAAAAGACUAAAGGACUGUUUGUGAUGGCUGUUUUUCUCGUACUGCCUGGUGUUUUGUGAACCUGAAAGGUGAGGAAAUGUUUGCAGAAAAGGUUCGUAAAUAAUGACUGUUCCAUCUACACGUCAUGUCUCUCAUUUCAGCAGCUCACUCUGGUAGUUCGAAAAGGUUUUUUUGGCCUCUUGUUGCAACAACCAUCAUCUAGUUGAUUAACUCUGCAAUUAAAGUUAAAAAUAUGAAAAAAAUACUAAUUUAAAAUACAAUUACACUCUAGCAAUGCAGCUCAUUUCUGCUCUUUAAAUUGUACAUUUUUAUUAAGAUUUUAUUAACUGCUAAUAAUCAUCAGAGGACUUUCAUCUAAAAUGUUUGGGUUCCAAACAGCUGCAGAAAGAGAUAAAGUUGAAAUAUGUUGCUAAAAAAUCUAAAUGAAUCACAAUUUUUAUAAGUGUUUUUAUUCUGUUUUAUAUUUAAUGAGCUAAUAAUCCUAUUGUUACACAUUUAACUGGUUUCUGGAGAUUAACUCAAUUUGAGAACCACUGCAUUUUUCUGCUUUUCAUUUUUAUGUUUGACGUAAAUGAAUGCGUUUGGUGGUUAAAAGCUUGACUUACAUUUUUGUGCUGCAUCUGCUUAAUGCCCAAUAUCAGAUUAAGUUUUUAUUUAUGGUUUAAAUCAUCUUUAUUUACUGAAAACACUAUGAUCUACAGUGCCUUGCAAAAACUAUUCAUGCCCCUUGAACUUUUUCCUAUUUUGUCACAUUGCUGCCACAAACUUAAAUGUAUUUUAUUGGGAUUUUGUGUGACAGAUCAACGCAAAGUAGUGCAUAGUUGUGAAAUUGAAGGAAAACAAUACAUUUUUUUACCAAUAAAAAUCCAAAAGGAGUGGUAUAUGCUUUUAUAUGGCCGUAUUGUAACCCAAAGUAAACCAGUAUAACCAGUUGCUGUCAGAAAACACUGAUUAGCUCCAUUUGGUGUGAUGUAAUCUUAAUAUAAAUUUACCGGCUCUUGAAACACAGCAGACAGUUGAGAGAGUUAUGGAAAUGUGCAAGGCUGGUUUAGAAAAUAAAAUGUCAGAUCGCUGACAAAAAUUGAUGUUUUCGGCUUCCAAGCAAAGUCAAGUUUAUUUGUGUAACGAGACAGUUCAAAGUGCUUUACACAAUAAAACUGUAAUAACCGUUUAUGAAACGAUCACCAAACAUUACAUUUUGUCUAAUGCCAUCAUAAAAUAUAUUGAUCAGUAUGUUAAUCAAUUUCCCAGUGGUUUUUAAUCAAAGACACCUGUAAACAAGUGGAUUUUUAGCCUUAAUCUAAAGUAGCCCAGUGUUUCGGCUGUUUUGUAGGUUUCCAGAAGUUUCUUCCAGGCUGCUGCUUCUUUGUGUUUGGUUCUGACAGAAAAUGUCAAUAAAAUACACAACGUUUUUGUGGUUGCAACAUGCUGAAAUGUGAAGAGCUUUGAAGCAAGGGACUGUAAUUUUAAAGAAUAAAUAUAUUUUCCUCAAGGAUAAAAUUCUUAUUAGACGUAACGACUGGAGCAAUACGUUUGGCGUAUCUGAGCUUGUCCUGCGGUUGCAUUUGAUCAGAAUUAAUCAGAACCAUUUUAGGUGUCAGUUCUUGCUCCAAAUAUGUGGCUAAACUCUCAAAACAGCCUAAAAGUCAGCCAUCUUCAUCUUAUCCGAUCCUUGAAAAGAGGCAAAGCUUUAUUUAAUCUGCAUAAAUCUGUUUGAAUACACGGAGCAAUCAAUAAAAAAACAAUAAUGACAGUUUGUUCUGAUACAUUAAGUGUUUUUAAGUGAAUUUAACAAAACAGCAAUGAAUGAAACAGAGAGCAGCUGCUGGAAAUGGUUUGUGAAGUUAAAGUUGCAGGAUUCGUCUCUAUUAAAGCAGCAAUGCACGCCUGAGUGAACUGUCCUAUAAAUGUUUCCAUCACUCAUCAUUUCUGAAUGUAAAUAAAGCAUGAGAUCUUAUGGCCUGCUUUUGUUUAUAUUAGAACAUUAAAUGAAGGGUUCAUAUAUUAUGUAGGUCACCAUGAUUUACUGUUUUCAAGCUCAUGCUCACCUUUAUUUAUUUUUUUCUAUCGACAAAGGAAAUGGCUAUAUUUAUUGCUGUUCAACGCUGUCGUGUUUUAGAGGCUCAGAAAAAUCUUUUUACAUGUAAAGUUCUGAUCCGUCUCAGUGUGUUUUUAGACUGGUGCAGGUAAGACGAUGUUCUUUUGAUGCUAAAACAGUGAGCUACGUGUGUCACUGCCUUGUUCAGUCUCACCAAGGAAAUGUUGUUUGUGAGCUUCUCAGUUUUGGGAAUUCUAGAGGAUAAAAAUAAAAGUGUUUGUAAAGGUUG